AUAUAUAUCCCAAGGGGGCAUUAUUAUUGCCUUACUUACCUCCUCUUUCUAAGGUCGCUUCACCGUACGGGAUUUUCUUCUAGAAGCUUCUAGGGUUCUCUCGCGAGUGCAUGGCCGUCGCCCUCCGCUACCCUGAGGUGUCGGAUCUCUGCAUCGGGAAACCGCCGGUGAGGUCGCUCCCGCCCUCCGCCACCGUCGCCGACGCCCUCGCCGCGCUCCGGAGUGGCGGCGCCGCCUCCUACGUCGCCGUCGUCGCCGGCGAUCGGGCUCCGUCUCCGUCGCGGUCGCCGGAGAAGGCCAGGGACGUCGCUGGGAGGGUCGGGAUCGCCGACGUCGUAUGCUUCCUCUGCGCCGACGAGCGGAGCCUCGCCGACCCCGCCGGAGCUCUCCGGAGCCCCGUCUCCGCCCUCCUCCCCAAGGAUGCACCCCCGAUCCGUCGCGUUGAACCCCACGCGAGUGUAUUAGAAGCCCUGGACGUGAUAUUGGAAGGCGCUUCGGCUUUGGUCGUCCCCAUCCGCUCCGGCGGCCGGAGAAGGCUCUCCGGCGGCGGCGAAUUCUGCUGGUUGACGCAUGAGGACUUCGUCCGGUACUUCCUCAACUCCAUCGCCCUCUUCGCCCCCGUCGCCGCGCUCUCCGUCGCCGCCCUCGGCCUCGUCCGCCCCGCCGGCCCCUCCGUGCGCCUCCACGACCCCGCCCUCUCCGCCCUCCCCCUCCUCCGCCGCGCCCUCGCCGACCACUCCGCCGUCGCCGUCCUCUCCGCCGCCGGCGACCUCGCCGGCGAGCUCUCCCCGGCGCUCCUUGCCUCCUCCUCCGACGUGACGGCCGCCGCCGCCGCCGUCGCCACCCUCUCCGUCGGCGACCUGAUGGCCUUCGCCGACUACGCGUCGCCGCCGGAGUCCCUCGUCCGCGCGAUCAAGUCCCGGCUGAAGGGCAGGGGCCUCGACCGCCUGCUCGAUCUGAUCGAGGAGGACGUCGCCGACGCCGCCUCCGUCCUGUCGGUGUCUCCCUUCGCGACGUCGUCCUCGUCCGACGAGGAGUCGGUGGGCCCCAAGCGGCGGCGGCGGCAGCGGUCGGGGAGGUCGCUGUCGUCGUCGGAGGCGGCGGCGUGCCACCCGGGGAGCUCGCUGAUGGCGGUGAUGGUGCAGGCGGUGGCGCACCGGGUGAGCCACGUGUGGGUGGUGGAGGACGACGUCGACGACUACGGCAGUGGAGGCCGCCGCCUCGUCGGGAUCGUCGCCUUCGCCGACGUGCUCAGUGUUUUCAGGGAGCAGCUCGUCGAAUUGUGAUGUAGUCGCGGAGGAGGGGAAAGACUGAAGGUAUACAACAGAAAUUGAAUGGUUGUGGGCUCACAUGUCCGCCCAACCCAGAUGGGCCGUGUUUGGACUGGGCCUUUGAAUCCAUGAAUCACAACAACCUCCUCCUUAAGCCGACGUCAAAAAUUGGGCCCAAGGUAGUUACGGUCCUAUGCCGACUUAUCCUAGCGAAACUAUUAUCUUAACUUAGAACACUCAAAAAUUGUUACUAAUCAGUCACAUUUUAGGUUACUGGUUAUAGUAAAAGCAAAAAAAGAUUGAUAUGACAAGUAGAUAGAUACUUAAUAGUCCUUGGAUUGAGAAGGUAUACUCCACUUUGGAGUAAUGUUUUAA